GACAGGCUACCCCAAGUACCCACCUCUGCUGGCGCGUAUUUUCUUUUAGUACGCUUGCGUCACUUCCUUUCCUUCCUCUGAUUUCCAUCUUUCUCCCCGCGUGUGUGCCGUCCGUAUAGCACAGAUGAAAGAAACAAUAAUGAACCAGGAGAAACUCGCCAAACUGCAGGCACAAGUCCGCAUUGGUGGGAAGGGCUCUGCUCGCAGAAAGAAGAAGGUCGUGCACAGAACAGCAACCGCCGAUGACAAGAAGCUUCAGUUUUCCUUGAAAAAACUCGGUGUCAACAAUAUCUCUGGCAUCGAAGAGGUCAACAUGUUCACUAACCAGGGCACAGUGAUCCACUUCAACAACCCUAAAGUUCAGGCAUCUCUGGCAGCAAACACCUUCACCAUCACAGGGCACGCUGAGACCAAGCAGCUGACUGAGAUGCUGCCCAGCAUCCUCAACCAGCUUGGGGCCGACAGCCUGACCAGCCUUAGGAGACUUGCAGAGGCCUUGCCCAAGCAGUCUGGAGAUGCCAAAGCACCAAUUGCAGCUGGGGAGGAAGAUGAUGAUGAAGUUCCAGACCUUGUGGAGAAUUUUGACGAGGCUUCAAAGGAUGAGGCGAACUAAAUAACACCCCAAAACCAGAUUCCCGACUUGACUGGGCAGUGUGGAGCUUCUGUUUUUUUAUUUCUUUGUAAUGUUACCUUUUUUUUUUUUGUAUUGUUCCCAUGUCAAUAUCAAGUUUCAGAAAUGGAUACAUUGUACACUCUUCAGCCAUUUUGGGUCUUCAAUAUUUGCUGCUUGUCCUGCAUUACUGAAUCCAGUUCAUGUGAAGCCUGGUUAGAAUUAAACACGUCUGGAAUAAAAUACAUUAAAGAGAUGUUUAUUAAAAAUUGCAUUUCCUGA